GAUAAGGCAGAGCGCACCACCAACACUAACACAGUCAGCCAGCAGCCAACAGCAUGUCAGCCGAGCUAGAGAAGAAGGCUGUGGGGGAUGGUGUUCACCCCGAUCAGGGGCCACCUGGUUCCAGUGAGACACCCCAAGAGGUGGUGGAUCAGUUGAUCCGCAGUUCUAUGGAGGCCAAGACGCACGCCUACUGUCCCUACAGCAAUUUCAGGGUUGGGGCGGCUCUCCUGACCCAUGACAACAAGGUGUUCAAAGGAUGCAACGUGGAGAACGCCUGCUACAACCUGGGUGUGUGCGCCGAGAGGAACGCCAUGGCGAAGGCUGUUUCUGAGGGAUACAAGAGCUUCAGGGCCAUUGCAAUCGCAAGCUAUUCCCCCAGAAGUCUGGGGUCAAAAGGUCAAAAGGAGCCGACACCACGCCGCUUAUGAGAUAACAAAAAGGUA